GAGGAGGGAGAGAGAGAGGGGAGGAAAGGAAAAGGAGAGGAGAGGAGAGGAGAGGAGAGAAGAGGAGAGGAGGAACGAAGGAGGGGAGGAGGCAGGAGGAUAGCGAGAGGAGGCGAGAGGAGAGAGGAGAGAGGAGAGAGGAGGGAAGAGAGGAGAGGAGAGGAGAGGAGAGAGAGGAGGGAGAGAGCGAGGGAGGGGAUGGAGAGAGGAGGGAAGAAGAGGAGAGGAGAGGAGAGGAGAGGAGAGGAGAGGAGGGGAGAGGAGAGGAGGGGUGAGGAGAGGAGAGGAGAGGAGAGGAGAGGAGAGGAGAGGAGAGGAGAGGAGAGGAGAGGAGAGGAGAGGAGGAGAGGAGAGGAGAGGAGAGGAGAGGAGGAGGAUAGGAGAGAGGAUGGAGAGGAGAGGAUGGAGAGGAGAGGAGAGGAGAGGAGAGGAGAGGAGAGGAGAGGAGAGGAGAGGAGAGGAGAGGAGAGGAGAGGAGAGGAGAGGAGAGAGAGGAAGGCUCCCGUUAUACAGAAUGUUUGUCAAUGGUUUGAUUUUGAGGUGCUUUGAAGAUCGCUAAAGUUUCAGCCUAAAGUAGAGGAAGAUUGACAAGUCAGCUAACAGGUCUGCUUCCUCCAGCCUUCCUUAUGUAAAACGUUGGAUGUGUCCCAAAUAGCACCCUAUUCCCUAUAAAGUGCACUACUUUUGACCAGGGCCCUUUGUAGGAAAUAGGGUGCCAUUUUGGAUACAUACAUUCAGGGCGCUACCAUCCAUGCUGUAUGUGCAGAGUAGCUCAACUCUGUCUUGGAACGUACUGGAUAGACAACCUUCACCUGAUUGGGAAGGUGUGUAUUACAAUUAGGAUAUUAUUGGUGUCUGCCGGGCAGGUAUAUUUCAAGAGAGGACGAUGGUCUAUACGUAACACGGUGCCACCCUAACUACUGUGUUGCCUUGGCUGUGUUGGUCCAGGCCUAACUGUGUUGUUCCAGGUCUAACUGUGUUGGCUGUGUUGCUCCAGGCCUAACUGUGUUGUUCCAGGCCUAACUGUGUUGUUCCAGAUCUAACUGUGUUGGCUGUGUUGCUCCAGGCCUAACUGUGUUGGCUGUGUUGUUCCAGGUUCACUGUGUUGGUGUGUCUCAGGCUACUGUUGUUGCCAGGCCUAACUGUGUUGUUCCAGGCUAACUGGUGUGUUGUUCCAGGCCUAACUGGGUCAGGUUUUCUUCCAGGUCUAACUGUGUUGUUCCAGGCCUAACUGUGUUGUUCCAGGCCUAACUGUGUUGUUCCAGGUCUAACUGUGUUGUUCCAGGUCUAACUGUGUUGUUCCAGGCCUAACUGUGUUGCUCCAGGCCUAACUGUGUUGGCUGUGUUGUUCCAGGCCUAACUGUGUUGGCUGUGUUGUUCCAGGCCUAACUGCGUUGGCUGGGGUUGUUCCAGGCCUAACUGCGUUGUUCCAGGCCCUAACUGUGUUGGCUGUGUUGUUUCCAGGCCUAACUGUGUUGGCUGUGUUGUUCCAGGCCUAACUGUGUUGGCUGUGUUGUUCCAGGUCUAACUGUGUUGGCUGUGUUGCUCCAGGCCUAACUGUGUUGUUCCAGGUCUAACUGUGUUGGCUGUGUUGCUCCAGGCAUAACUGUGUUGUUCCAGGUCUAACUGUGUUGGCUGUGUUGCUCCAGGUCUAACUGUGUUGGCUGUGUUUCUCCAGGCCUAACUGUGUUGUUCCAGGCCUAACUGUGUUGGCUGUGUUGUUCCAGGCCUAACUGUGUUGGCUGUGUUGUUCCAGGCCUAACUGUGUUGGCUGUGUUGUUCCAGGCCUAACUGUGUUGGCUGUGUUGUUCCAGGCCUAACUGUGUUGGCUGUGUUGUUCCAGGCCUAACUGUGUUGGCUGUGUUGUUCCAGGUCUAACUGUGUUGGCUGUGUUGUUCCAGGCCUAACUGUGUUGGCUGUGUUGUUCCAGGCCUAACUGCGUUGUUCCAGGCCUAACUGUGUUGGCUGUGUUGUUCCAGGCCUAACUGUGUUGUUCCAGGCCUAACGUGUUGGCUGUGUUGCUCCAGGUCUAACCGUGUUGGCUGUGACAGUGCUGUUCCCAUAAAAAUAGAAUGUCAGUUGAGUUGAAUGUUAAUAAAGCGCAGACUGAAUUCCUGCUUUUACUUCCUGCUUUGCCCCAAUGGGGACAGACAAUAGAGAUAGAUAGAGGACUCAUCUUUGUAUCUGUGCCACUAUAGCAUCUGUGACAGCAUAGGCAGCGCCAUUCAGGCUAUCUCCAUUUUGAAGUAGUAUUUUUAAUUUUUUAUUCAUGAUUGGCUGAUGAUUGGCUGAUCCCUCCUGAUGACCCGGUUGGACAUGACUCCAACAGGGUCACCAGGAGGGAUUGGCCAAUGAAGUUGGAAGUCCCACCCAGUUGACUUCAUUAAAAUGGUGGAAGCCCUGAAUGGCUCUGCCCGUGCUAAUAUGGCCUUUUGGCCCCUAGAGGCCUCUAUCGUUCUCUAUGGGACAGACUCAAAAUGGCUGCCAGACCAGUCCACCCAUUAUGGCGUCAUUGACAUGAAUGGGGAUGCCCAGCCCGUUCUAUUCAUUGUAAUUCUGUGGUGUUCCCCAGCAGUGGCUGAUAGGGGACAGGGAGACCCACUGUGGGAUCAUCUGUUCCAGGACACAGGGCAAGCCGGUGUGUGGCUCUGAUGGGCGGAGCUACGAUACCGGCUGUGACCUGCAGAGGGCGCGCUGCAAGGACCGCUCUCUGACGCUAGCACACCGCGGACGAUGUCGAGGUGAGGCUGAGAACCCACACACACACACACACACAUUGUGUAGGAGCGCUAUACAAAGCACACACACACACACACACACACACGUACACACGUGCACACACACACACACACACACACACACACACACACAUACACAUUGUGGCUGGUCUUUGGUGUUUCAGGUAAAAACUCGGUGAGGAUUGACCAGCUUCCAGUAGCUGCUGCUCCAACAUCAGUGUCAGAGGGGAAGAACCUGGAACUGGAAGGUCUGUCUGUCUGUCUGUCUGUCUGUCUGUCUGUCUGUCUGUCUGCCUGUCUGCCUGUCUGUCUGUCUGUCUGUCUGCCUGUCUGUCUGCCUGUCUGUCUGUCUCUUUGGCUGUCUGUCUGUCUGUCUGCCUGUCUGUCUGUCUGUCUGUCUGUCUGUCUGUUUGUCCUGGCUGUCUCUCUGUCUGUCUCUAUGUCUGUCUGUCUGUCUGUUUGUCCUGUCUGUCUCUCUGUCCCUCUGUCUGUCUGUCUCUAUGUCUGUCUGUCUCUAUGUCUGUCUGUCUGUCUCUAUGUCUGUCUGUCUGUCUCUAGUAGUAAUAUUUCUGUCUUUGGGGGGGGCUGCUGUCCAAUAGUGCAUAUUGGUAUUCUAAGGUUCCUUUGGGACGUGGAACCCAUGCGGCUGAUCUGUUGUGUAUCUUCAGCCCAAUCGAGUCUUCUGUGAUCUGCUGGUGAUGCGGACAGAGCUCAAGCCCAACCCAGAUCCAUGUGAUCUGCUGGUGAUUUGCUGAAUCUGCAAUCCUACAGGAGGGCUGUGAUUGGUUAAUGACCUACAAUGUACAGUUGAAGUCGGAAGUUUACAUACACUUAGGUCGUAGUCAUUCAAACUCGUUUUUCAACCACUCCACAAAUUUCUUGUUAACAAACUAUAGUUUUGGCAAGUCGGUUAGGACAUCUACUUUGUGCAUGACACAAGUACAUUUUCCAACAAUUGUUUACAGACAGAUUAUUUCACUUAUAAUUCACUGUAUCACAAUUCCAGUGGGUCAGAAGUUUACAUACACUAAGUUCACUGUGCCUUUAAACAGCUUGGAAAAUUCCAGAAAAUGAUGUCAUGGCUUUAGAAUCUUCUGAUAGGCUAAUUGACAUCAUUUGAGUCAAUUGGAGGUGUACCUGUGGAUGCAUUUCAAGGCCUACCUUCAAACUCAGUGCCUCUUUGCUUGACAUCAUGGGAAAAUCAAAAUAAAUCAGCCAAGACCUCAGAAAAAAAAAUGUAGACCUCCACAAGUCUGGUUCAUCCUUGGGAGCAAUUUCCAAACGCCUGAAGGUACCACGUUCAUCUGUACAAACAAUAGUACGGAAGUAUAAACACCAUGGGACCACGCAGCCGUCAUACCGCUCAGGAAGGAGACGCGUUCUGUCUCCUAGAGAUGAACGUACUUUGGUGCGAAAAGUGCAAAUCAAUCCCAGAACAACAGCAAAGGACUUUGUGAAGAUGCUGGAGGAAACAGGAACAAAAGUAUCUAUAUCCACAGUAAAACGAGUCCUAUAUCGACAUAACCUGAAAGGCCACUCAGCAAGGAAGAAGCCACUGCUUCAAAACCGCCAUAAAAAAGCCAGACUACGGUUUGCAACUGCACAUGGGGGCAAAGAUCUUAAUUUUUGGAGAAAUGUUCUCUGGUCUGAUGAAACAAAAUAGAACUGUUUGGCCAUAAUGACCAUCAUCAUGUUUGGAGGAAAAAGGGGGUCGCUUGCAAGCCGAAGAACACCAUCCCAACCGUGAAGCAUGGGGGUGGCAGCAUCAUGCUGUGGGGGUGCUUUGCUGCAGGAGGGACUGGUGCACUUCACAACAUAGAUGGUAUCAUGAGGAAGGAAAAAUAUGUGGAUAUAUUGAAGCUCAAGACAUCAGUCAGGAAGUUAAGGCUUGGUCGCAAAUGGGUCUUCCAAAUGGAGAAUGACCCCAAACAUACUUCCAAAGUUGUAGCAAAAUGGCUUAAGGACAACAAAGUCAAGGUAUUGGAGUGGCCAUCACAAAGCCCUGACUUCAAUCCUAUAGAAAAUUUGUGGGCAGAACUGAAAAAGCGUGUGCGAUCAAGGAGGCCUACAAACCUGACUCAGUUACACCAGCUCUGUCAGGAGGAAUGGGCCAAAAUUCACCCAACUUAUUGUGGGAAGCUUGUGGAAGGCUACCAGAAACGUUUGACCCAAGUUAAACAAUUUAAAGGCAAUGCUACCAAAUAAUAAUUGAGUGUAUGUAAACUUCUGACCCACUGGGAAUGUGAUGAAAGAACAAAAAGCAGAAAUAAAUCAUUCUCUCUAAUAUUAUUCUGACAUUUCACAUUCUUAAAAUAAAGAGGUGAUCCUAACUGACCUAAAACAGGGCAUUUUUACUUAGAUUAAAUGUCAGGAAUUGUGAAAAACUGAGUUUAAAUGUAUUUGGCUAAGGUGUAUCUAAACUUCCGACUUCAACUGUAGGUCUAUUUCCCUGCUUUGAGAGGAGCUGGCAGCUGUACUGUUCUCUUGCGUUACAAUAUCUUAACUUCAAUCAUCUCCAAACUGCACGCAGAGACAUACAAAUGGUAUUGAUGAGUUCAUCUGACUGGGGAAGUAGAUAAACCACCUAAAUCUUGAAAGCAGCAGGAUCCCUUUAAAGCUGGAGUCCAUAGUGGUGAAACUGCCACAUCAGUUUGCGACAUUACAAAAUCAAAGAUGUUACUUUAGACAACAAACAUUGUUUUGUUUUUUCUCACGGACAUCAUUUCUUCAAAAGUAACAGAGCCCACUCUGGAAAUGUGAUGUUAUCAAAAAGGAUACUUUUGAGAUAUAUAUAAUAAUAUUAUUAUUUACACUUUUUGGUGAUAUCCAAUUGGUAGUUAAAGUCUUGUACCAUCACCGCGACUCCCGUACAGACUCGGGAGAGAGCCAUGCGUCCUCUGAAACACGACCCUGCUAAGCCGCACUGCUUGCUUAACCCGGAAGCCAGCCGCACAAAUGUGUCGGAGGAAACACUGUACAAUUGGCGACCGAAGUCAGCGUGCAAGCACCCGGACCACCACAAGGAGUCGCUAGAGCGCAAUGGGACAAGGACAUCCCUGCUGGCCAAACUUGGACGACACUGGCCCAGUUGCGCGGCGCCUCAUUGGUCUCCCGGUCGCGAUACAGCCUGGGAUCUAACCUCAAACACUGCGAUGCAGUGCCUUAGACCGCUUGGCCUUAGACCGCUUGGCCUUAGACCGCUGCACCUUAGACCGCUGCACCUUAGACCGCUGCACCUUAGACCGCUUGGCCUUAGACCGCUGCGCCUUAGACCGCUGCGCCUCGGGAGGCCCUGAAUAAUAAUAUUUUUUAUGUUGAAUAAAUUAAUGUCAAACAUUUUAUUUCAGAAUAUAGAUUUGGGAUUCUUGAAAGUCGCGACAUUCCUUGUCUGGCAGGGCAACGUUUUUUAAAUAGUAAAAUAAAGACAUAUUUGGUUAAAUUAUUUGAAUUAAAAAAUUACAUUUAAGUGAUUUUUAUAAAGGGAAAGAUUUGUUUUGGGAAUGUAAAAAAUAUUUUUGAUAUUAUUCAUUUCCAUGUCAGCUCUAUGCUCGGAAAUGCCCUUGUCCGGAGCAAAGGAUCCACAUUUCUAACUCUCCAAAAAACUGUUUAAAUUGAAAGAAACUGUCAAUAAUGUAUAUUAACUGAAAAAGGAUCUUAUGAAAAAGGAUCUAUCUUGCAAUAGCCCUCUGUGACUUUAAAUAAUAUUUCUCUCAAAACUGAUUCCUAAAAGAUGUGUCCGGAGAUUUGGUCAACUUUGUCCGAUUUGUCUAAAAUACUAAAUUAAUCAGGAAUUAGCAGGGUCAGUUAUACCAUUACAAUACCAGUCAAAAGUUUGGACACAUCUACUCAUUCCAGGGUUUUUCUUAAUUUUUUACUAUUUUUUACAUUGUAGAAUAAUAGUGAAGACAUCAAAACUAUGAAAUAACACAUAUGGAAUCAUGUAGUAACCAAAAAAGUGUUAAACAAAUUAAAAUAUAUUUUAUAUUUGAGAUUCUUCAAAUAGCCACCCUUUGCCUUGAUGACAGCUUUACACACUCUUGGCAUUCUCUCAACCAGCUUCAUGAGGUAGUCACCUGGAAUACAUUUCAAUUAACAGGUGUGCCUUCUUAAAAGUUAAUUUGUGGAGUUUCUUUCCUUCUUAAUGCGUUUGAGCCAAUCAGUUGUGUUGUGACAAGGCAGGGGGGGUAUACAGAAGAUAGCCCUAUUUGGUAAAAGACUGUCCAUAUUUAGGCAAGAACAGCUCUAAUAAGCAAAGAGAAAUGACAGUCCAUCAUUACUUUAAGACAUGAAGGUCAGUCAAUACGGAAACUUUCAAGACCUUUGAAACGUUUCUUCAAGGGCAGUCACAAAAACCAUCAAGCGCUAUGAUGAAACUGACUCAUGAGGACCGCCACAGGAAAGGAAGACCCAGAGUUACCUCUGCAGCAGAGGAUAAGUUCAUUAGAGUUACCAGCCUCAGAAAUUGCAUCCCAAAUAAAUGCUUCACAGAGUUCAAGUCACAGACACAUCUUAACAUCAACUGUUCAGAGGGGACUGUGUGAAUCAGGCCUUCAUGGUCGAAUUGCUGCAAAGAAACCACUACUAAAGGACACCAACAAGAAGAAGAGACCUGCUUGGGCCAAGAAACACGAGUAAUGGACAUUAGACCGGUGGAGAUUUGUCCUUUGGUCUGGAGUCCAAAUCUGAGAUUUUUGGUUCCAACUGCCGUGUCUUUGUGAGACGUGGUGUUGGUGAAUGAAUGAUCUCCGCAUGUGUAGUUCCCACCGUAAAGCAUGGAGGAGGAGGUGUUAUGGUGUGGGGGUGCUUUGCUGGUGACACUGUCUGUGAUUUAUUUAGAAUUCAAGGCACACUUAACCAGCAUGGCUACCACAGCAUUCUGCAGCGAUACGCCAUCCCAUCUGGUUUGGGCUUAGUGGGACUAUCAUUUGUUUUUCAACAGGACAAUGACCCAACACACCUCCAGGCUGUGUAAGGGCUAUUUUACUUGGCCUCCACAAUCCCCCAACCUCAACCCAAUUGAGAUAGUCUGGGAUGAGUCGGACGUGAAGGAAAAUCAGCCAACAAGUGCUCAGCAUAUGUGGGAACUCCUUCAAGACUGUUGGAAAAGCAUUCCAGGUGAAGCUGGUUGAGAGAAUGCCAAGAGUGUGCAAAGCUAUCAUAAAGGCAAAGGGUGGCUAUUUGAAGAAUCUCAAAUAUAAAAUAUAUUUUGAUUUGUUUAACACUUUUCUGGUUACUACAUGAUUCCAUAUGUGUUACUUCAUAGAUUUAAUGUCUUCACUAUUAUUCUAGAAUGUAAAAAAUAGUAAAAAUAAAGAAAACCCUUGAAUGAGUAGGUGUGUCCAAACUUUUGACUGGUACUUUAAAUGACCACUCAUGGUCUGUAAAGUUCUUUUGAUAGAUUUAAAAACCCCAAUAUUGAAAUCACCAUGGUCACAACCAUAAACUGUCAACUCCAGCUCCCUGAUAGAUUAAGAUAGGAUAUGAAUUUAGGUUCAAAUAUGUUUAUUUUAAUUAGGUUUAAGAGUCAUGAAGCAACUGAGGAGAAACUAAAUUGCUACUGUGUAUACCACUUGAAUGAAGAAGAAAAAUGAAAUUUUUGUCAACUCCGUAAAACAUAAACUCAGUCAGAUUUUUGUCUAACGUCAACUCCGUCAGAGUGCUGUAAGAUCUGAUAGAAUUGUUAUGUUUUUAUUGGGGAUUUUCAAAUGAAUCAUUUUUCUAUAUUUUACAAAUGUUUGUAUUGAAUGUGUGUAUUUGGUAUCAACUCCGUUAGGGGCUUGUCAACUCCGUCACUGAUAACCCUCUUACGAUACAUUUUUGAAUCAAUAUUCGUAAAAAAAAUAUUUGAAUCACUGUUUGGCAACAUUCCUGUGCUAGACGUAAGGGAUAACGUUUGCUUUAUAAAUGUUGUUUUAUGUUUUUUUUAAAUAUUACAAAAAACAUGCCAAAAUGCUAACGAAAUUAGCCCUGGGGCAUUAUGUGGAGUUAUAAAAAUACAUGAAAAAAUAUGUGUGGAGAUUUGUAUCACAUAUUUGAAUAAUCUAAUAUUAGAAAUUAACAAUCAUGGCCUUUAAACACUUGUUGAACAAUAAAUGUACAAAUAAAAAGCCUUUUAUGGUGUCUGGCGGCGUUGACAUAAAUCCAGUUAGUUGCAUUUUAUGAAAAAAUUUUGAAGAAUUAUUAGGUUGUUCCUUUACAUGGUGGGACAGCUGAUACUCUGGUCAAAAAUAUAUAUUUGAAAUGUUGUUAAUAUUAAGAAAAAUAUAUUUAUUCGAAAAGUAUAGAUUGUCCCGUCUUUCAAGAAUCCUUGAAAUGGUAUUUGUCUGUAGAAUGCUAUGUUCUGCGUAUUUGAAGACACGUCAGUGAAGUUAGGAACGUUUGCAGAUCUGAUUUUAGAACUUGCCAUAAAGAAUCUCGCAGUAAUACGGUAUCAUUGAUACAUCCCCAUGUUAAAAAGGAGACAGGGGUAGACCAAAGUAUCAGCAAAAAAAAUAAAUAAAUAAACUGACAUAGAGUUUAUACUUCCUAUUCCAAUCAUAAUGUGGGGUCAAAAUAAUGAAAAACUAUCUACCAAAUCUAUUCAUCUUAAAAUGUUGAUUACUUCUCCUUGCCACUAUCAUUCACCUGAUGUAAAACAAGACAGCAAUUGUUUUGCUAACGUAUGAUGGGGGUCCCUGGGUCGCCGGUUUGCCUGGGAGGGGGUCCCUGGGCAAGAAAAGGUUGAAGACCCCUGGACUAUCAAAAUAUAUAUUUUCAAAUGCUGUUAAUAUUAAGAAAGUAGAGAUUGUCCCGUCUUUCAAAAUUCCUGAGAUAUACUCCAUAUUUUAGAGCACACUAUAAGGAGUAUAAUGAAACCAAGAUGUAGUUUGCGCCAUAUACGGUUCACGGAUCAUGUGAUCUAACAGGAAGCAUGUAUAGGUCUAAAAAAGCUCUUAAAACAUUUUCAUCAUGAAUUUAAAAAUAAAUAAUAAUAAAAACAAUAAUAAAAAAUAAAAUAAUAAAUAAUAAUAAUUUCAAAUAUAUAUAUAUAUAUAUAUAUAUAUAAUAAAUACAUAAAUAAAAUAUAGAUAAAAAAUAAAAUAAUUUUUUUUUGUAAAGUGCUUGUCCCACUGGCUAUCAUAGGUGAACGCACCAAUUUGUAAGUCGCUCUGGAUAAUGUAAAAAGGCAUGUUAAACAUUUUUCCUCCUAGUGAAGUUUUUCAUGUGAGAAUUUACAGAACAAUCUGUGAUACCAAAGAUAUAUUUUCGGGCCAUGCUGGCGUGGAAUCGCCCACUAUGUUUUUAAGCGUCUGGAAUGUGCUGUCAAAUGAAGCGUUGAGUAUUUUGUCCUUCCAGUAUAAAGUAGGUGCACAGAGAGCGUGUAUUGUGAGGCGAGCCAGUGGGUUGGGAUGUUGUUUCAGUGAAUGCAAGUACAGAUACAGGAUGUUAAUUUUAGCCAGUUUGUUACAGCAGGAAAAUAAUCUUGCAGCAACACGAAAUGUGAAUUAUUAUGUGGAUUAUAAUUAAUUUACAUUUUUUGUAGGGGUUUAUACAUUUUUCGUUAGGGCAAAUCAAGUCUAAAAUGUCAAAGUGGAUAUAACAAACUUUAGAAGCCUUUUUAAAACUCAAAUACAAUACAUGUUUUCAAAAUUCAGAGCAAUUAAAGACUGAUCAAAUUAAGGUCCUACAUCUGUAUAUAUGUCCUCUGGUUGUGAAUGCUGUGACAGUGAAUGCAGGGCAGGUGUACCUAUAGUUUGAAUGCUGUGACAGUGAAUAAAUACAGGUACAGUAUACCUGUCCUUGUGGUUGUAUUUCAGAUGGAGGCCAGUCUAAGUGCAGGGUGGAGAGGAAUCAGGCUCUGGAGCAGUCUAAGAGACCUCAGGAGUCCAUCUUCAUCCCAGAAUGCAACGAGGACGGAACCUUCGCCCAGGUCUGUGUCUCUCAGGAGUGUUCAUCUCUGGGAGCCAAUUGCAAAACCCCGGAAACUUUCCAGAAAACCAGAAAUCCCGGUUGGAGGAAUUAUAGUUGUAGGAGACUUUCUCUGCUUUUUUUCUGAAAACCCUGGGCAUUUUGGGACACCCAUUGUCUUCAUGAACCCUCCACUAUACGUCUUCAUUUCUGCUCUCUACAGGUGCAGUGUCACACUCUGACAGGAUACUGCUGGUGCGUCACCACCGACGGAAAACCAGUCAGCGGCUCCUCCGUGCACAACAGGACCCCUGUGUGUUCAGGUACCUUGAGCGUUUAG